GACGUCAUUGGAAUUGGUCUUUCUCGCUGUUGGAAGAUGGCGUCAACAGGCAAGUUGUCGGAUCAGUAGUUCGAGUGACCCGUGCAAGGACCUGAAGCGACGUUCGCUCUCCGGCGCAGAUAAAGCGAGCUUUAGCGGGGACCGUUGGCAUUCAGCGCCGUCGCCAGUGGGUUGGUGCGUCUGAGUCGCCUGCCCAGACCCCGUGUACCACCACUACCGCCUCCCCCACACUCCUCCUCGUUCCCCAACUCCGGUGCCUACUGCUGCCGUCGAAACCGCCAGCGCCAGCUUCUCUUCGGGCUUCGACCGGCACAGGCUCAUACAUCUGUGCGAACGGCCCUUUUAAUUUAUUUUUCCAAAGGCAGCACCGAAUUGGAUUCAGUUUGUUAGCAACACCUCAAGAAGAAGCCGCCGCCGCCGACUCACCACAAACUCUCGCACCCGCAAUCGGUGCACAACACUUGUUUUAUUGGAUACCAGAGGUCCUAUUUAAUCAGUGAUUCAACAUGGGUGAUAAGCAUGGACGCUCAGAUUCGUAUCGCGUAGCUACCAUUCCAUCUGUGCCCGACGACAACAUGACAGCUGACGGCAAAGCUAAGUCUCGCCGGAAAAACCCGAAGAAGCGCGGGAAGGAUGACAACUUAGACGAUUUGAAACAAGAAUUGGAUAUUGAUCACCACAAAGUUCCAAUAGAUGAGUUAUACCGACGUUUUCAGACCAACCCAGAAACAGGUCACACGCACGCCAGGGCCAAGGAGUUCCUGGAACGAGAUGGACCCAACGCCCUCACGCCCCCCAAGCAAACCCCUGAGUGGGUCAAGUUCUGUAAGAACCUGUUCGGCGGUUUCGCGCUGCUCCUCUGGAUUGGAGCAAUCCUGUGUUUCAUUGCCUACUCCAUCCAGGCGAGUACAGUCGAAGAGCCUGCUGACGACAAUUUGUACCUGGGUUGUGUACUGGCUGCUGUGGUUAUCAUCACUGGAUGUUUUUCAUAUUACCAGGAAAGCAAGAGUUCAAAAAUUAUGGAAUCAUUCAAAAACAUGGUCCCACAAUUCGCCACUGUUCUUCGUGAAAGCCAGAAGCUCACCCUGCGCGCUGAAGACAUUGUGCUUGGAGACAUUGUGGAGGUCAAGUUUGGAGACCGAAUUCCCGCCGACAUUCGCAUCGUCGAGGCCCGCGGCUUCAAGGUUGACAACUCCUCGCUGACCGGAGAGUCCGAACCUCAGAGCAGAAGCCCUGAAUUCACCAACGACAACCCUCUGGAAACCAAGAACUUGGCUUUCUUCUCGACCAAUGCUGUUGAAGGUACCGCCGUCGGCAUUGUCAUCAGCUGUGGUGACAACACUGUCAUGGGACGUAUCGCUGGUUUGGCUUCCGGCUUGGACACUGGAGAGACCCCCAUCGCCAAGGAAAUCCACCAUUUCAUCCACCUGAUCACAGGUGUGGCCGUCUUCUUGGGUGUGACCUUCUUCGUCAUUGCCUUCAUCCUCGGCUACCACUGGCUCGACGCUGUCAUCUUCCUCAUCGGAAUCAUUGUGGCCAACGUACCUGAGGGUUUGCUUGCUACCGUCACUGUGUGCUUGACACUCACUGCCAAGCGAAUGGCCUCAAAGAACUGCCUGGUCAAGAACUUGGAAGCCGUCGAAACCCUGGGCUCCACCUCUACCAUUUGCUCUGACAAGACCGGAACCCUGACCCAGAACCGAAUGACCGUCGCCCACAUGUGGUUCGACAACCAGAUCAUUGAAGCCGACACCACUGAGGAUCAGUCCGGAGUGCAGUACGACCGCACCAGCCCUGGAUUCAAGGCCCUCGCCAGGAUAGCCACUCUUUGCAACCGCGCCGAGUUCAAGCCCAACCAGGAGGGAGUGCCCAUCCUCAAGAGGGAGGUCAAUGGUGAUGCUUCCGAGGCUGCUCUUCUGAAGUGCAUGGAACUGGCCCUUGGCGACGUCCUGUCGAUCCGCAAACGCAACAAGAAGGCCUGCGAAAUCCCCUUCAACUCGACCAACAAGUUCCAGGUGUCGAUCCACGAGAACGAGGACGCCAACGACCCCAGACAGAUCCUGGUGAUGAAGGGUGCCCCGGAGCGCAUCCUGGACCGCUGCUCUUCCAUCUUCAUCAACGGCAAGGAGAAGGUUUUGGACGAGGAAAUGAAGGAGGCGUUCAACAACGCCUACCUCGAGUUGGGCGGCCUGGGCGAGCGUGUGCUCGGCUUCUGCGACUUCAUGCUGCCCUCUGACAAGUACCCUGUUGGAUUCAAGUUUGACGCCGACGAUCCAAACUUCCCCACCUCCGGACUCCGCUUCGUCGGACUUAUGUCCAUGAUUGACCCUCCCCGCGCUGCCGUGCCUGACGCCGUUGCCAAGUGCCGAUCUGCCGGUAUCAAGGUCAUCAUGGUCACUGGCGAUCACCCUAUCACUGCCAAGGCUAUUGCCAAGUCUGUAGGAAUCAUCUCCGAGGGUAACGAAACCGUUGAGGACAUUGCCCAGCGACUCAACAUCCCCGUCUCCGAAGUCAACCCCCGCGAAGCCAAGGCCGCCGUUGUCCACGGUUCUGAACUGCGUGAACUCACCUCCGACAACCUGGAUGAAAUCCUCAGGCACCACACUGAAAUUGUGUUCGCCCGUACCUCACCCCAGCAAAAGCUGAUCAUCGUUGAGGGUUGCCAGCGCAUGGGUGCCAUUGUGGCUGUAACUGGUGAUGGUGUCAACGACUCUCCCGCCCUCAAGAAGGCUGACAUUGGUGUUGCCAUGGGUAUUGCCGGUUCCGACGUGUCCAAGCAAGCCGCUGACAUGAUUCUGCUCGACGACAACUUUGCCUCCAUCGUCACUGGUGUUGAGGAGGGUCGUCUGAUUUUCGACAACUUGAAGAAGUCGAUUGCGUACACCCUGACCUCCAACAUCCCUGAGAUCUCGCCCUUCCUGCUGUUCAUCUUGGCUGACGUGCCACUGCCUCUGGGAACCGUGACCAUUCUCUGCAUUGACUUGGGAACCGACAUGGUCCCUGCCAUUUCGUUGGCCUACGAGGAAGCCGAAUCUGAUAUCAUGAAGCGUCAGCCGCGAAAUCCUUUCUCAGAUAAACUUGUAAACGAAAGGCUCAUCUCCAUGGCCUACGGUCAGAUUGGCAUGAUCCAAGCUGCUGCAGGCUUCUUUGUCUACUUUGUCAUCAUGGCCGAAAACGGCUUCCUUCCCGGAGACCUCCUCGGAAUCCGCAAGCAGUGGGAUUCCAAGGCUGUCAACGAUCUUACCGACUCCUAUGGUCAGGAAUGGACUUACCGUGACCGCAAGACCCUUGAGUACACUUGCCACACUGCUUUCUUCGUGUCCAUUGUGAUUGUGCAAUGGGCUGACUUGAUCAUUUGCAAGACAAGGCGUAACUCCAUCGUGCACCAGGGCAUGAGGAACUGGGUGUUGAACUUCGGUCUGGUGUUCGAGACCGCCCUCGCCGCCUUCCUCUCCUACACUCCUGGCAUGGACAAGGGUCUCAGGAUGUACCCUCUCAAGUUCGUGUGGUGGCUGCCAGCCAUUCCCUUCUCCAUCACCAUCUUCGUGUAUGACGAAUGCCGUCGUUUUUACCUGCGCCGGAAUCCCGGUGGCUGGUUGGAGCAGGAGACCUACUACUAGACGCGUCACUUCUCCUUUCAAGGCAUGUGCGACUACCCUACUUUCUUUUAUAUUAUUGAGGCGACCUGAUCCGUCUUCGCUUUGCCAACAAGAACCAUUUCGACGACAACAAUGCCAGCAUUAUUCCUCAGCAUCAUCUCCUCCUCCUCCUCCUGGGACGAGAACGCGGUCGCGCAUCGGCAGAACAACAACGUGUUUCGAGAAAUCAAAACCGAAAAAAGAAAAAUAUCUCUAUAUAAAUAUAAAAAGAGGGAAUCCAUUCAUAGGUCGCUUUGCCUUUACAUGAUAAGGAAUAAUUAUCGAUGAAAUAUCAACGCUCCAAGCAUAAUUACCAACCAGAUUAACUGUAGUAGCAGCAGCAAGCGGCAAUAGUGGCACAUUCCAACCAGGGGCUGUGGACUUAGUGGAGGCACCGGGAGGGGGACAAUAUUGCCGCCGGAUCGCCAGCAUCGUCCCCCUCCCGCACCAAAAGACCUUUUUACGUUACAAACCAAAAAAAGCACACUCACACUCAAAUACACACAGACACAUACAGGCCUGUCUCGAGCAGAAGACCGUCGAUUGGGAUCAAAUGAAACUCAGCCAGCAAGCGAGGAAGAGAAAGAAGAUUGCCAUCCGACGACCGCUGUCCCACCUCUAAUCACGCGAUUGCUUCUUUGCAUGUUGCCACCAUGGAAAAAUAAGAAAGAGAAAAGAACCCAUAGAGAAUUCCGUUGCAAGCUAGCCAAAAUCAACGAAUUCGCUGCUGCCCCGCCGCGGACGCGAGUUCAUUGAGAAUGUUGCAGGAAAAUCACAUUGGAGCGCUUUCUUAUUCUUUGCUGGAGCCACGUUUUAGUAGGCCACCAUUUAACAGUAGUGACACUUCUGCGAACUGAACUUGUUUUUUGUCGCCAGUAAAAACUGGCUAGAGUAAUAACGAGAGAAAAAUUUCAAAAAAAAAAAUGAUGAUGAUUUAAAAAAUAAGGAGAUCGGAAGAAGUAAAUCCAAGUGCUAGUGCGAAAAACAUAUAUUUGAGGAAAAAAUAAAUGCUGUAUUUCAAUGUGUAUAUUGUUUACUCGUAUAUGCAUCUCAAAAAGGAAAAGUGGUAAAGCAGCAUUUCUUUUUUGCUAGACUGUUCACAAGAGAGUUAAAAUUACAAGUACAUAAAAAACAAAUGCUGAGGAGUUGUUUGUCUGUUCGUUUCUGGCGAGUUGGUUAAUCUAUUUAAAAAGAAAAAUGAAAGAGAAACGACACACAAAAAACACGCAACACUCACAUGGAAAGGAAGAAAGAAAGAGAGAAAAUUAAAAUAAACCAAGAUGUAAAAAUGCUGUUAAAUCUUCUUCACUACUUUUAUCUUGUUUUUAUUAGUUUAGUGCUGAGACGUAAUGAGAGAGUAAAUGCACACAUCACCACACAGGAACAUAAAGAAAAAGCACUAACUAACCGCAGUGGCAAGGAGUAUAAGAAAAAAAAAAUGUCCGAUCAUUGGCUCUCGAUUGAAUUGAAAGCGAAUAUAUUAUACACACACACACACAUAAAAUGAAGCAGAAUUGUGCUGGAAAUAAUAAAUUUAGUAUAAACACACACACAAAAAGUUCUAUUCAAAAUUGUUGUGCUAGAGACCAUUCUAUUCUUGAGAAAACUGUUGUAUAAAAAUCGCGAAAAGUAUUAUCACGGCGAGAGAAAGAGAGCGAACGAAAGAGGAAACACUCGAAAAAAUCUGUUGUUCCCCUUUUGAAUAUUAAAUGAAGCAAUUGAGACCGUUUUAUUAUAAACCGCGUCUUCGGAAACGAUCCUCCGCGCGCGGCCGCCGACCAUCGAGCGCCCCUUCGGUUGAGCGUCGCCCUGGCGCGACCUUUCGGGAAAAGGUGGCUCAGGGCGGUCGGCGGCGGCACCUCCGGAGACGAUUGCUUUUGAGGACACUGCCAUUUUAUUAAUACUAACUAUAAUUAUUAUGUGCGAGUUAUAUUUUUGUGGCGUGAAGUGUUAUAUAAAUUGUUAAAAUGAGAGGUUAUGAGUGUUUAUGUUGUUAAAAGUAAAACAAAAUGGAAUUUGAAAAAUCUUGAAAAAAAAAACAA